GGCCAUGAUCCCCUGGGUGCUUCUGGCCUGCGCCCUCCCCUGUGCAGCCGACCCACUGCUCGGCCCCUUCGCCCACAGAGACUUCCAGAAGGGUGCCCCUCAACUCAUCUGCAGCCUGCCUGGCCCCCAGGGUCCCCCCGGCCCCCCAGGAGUCCCGGGGCCAUCUGGAACAGUGGGAAGAAUGGGCUUUCCUGGUAAAGAUGGUCAAGAUGGACAAGACGGCGACCGAGGGGACAGUGGAGAGGAAGGCCCACCAGGCCGCACUGGGAACCGGGGGAAGCAAGGACCAAAGGGCAAAGCCGGGGCCAUUGGCCGGGCUGGUCCCCGGGGCCCCAAGGGGCUCCCUGGGGCCCCCGGGAAACACGGGACACCAGGCAAAAAGGGACCCAAGGGCAGGAAGGGGGAGCCGGGCCUGCCAGGCCCCUGCAGCUGUGGGAGUGGCCGGGCCAAGUCGGCCUUCUCGGUGGCCGUGACUAAGAGCUACCCCCGCGAGCGGCUGCCCAUCAAGUUCGACAAGAUCCUCAUGAACGAGGGCGGCCACUACAACGCGUCCAGUGGCAAGUUCGUGUGCGGGGUGCCGGGUGUCUACUACUUCACCUACGACAUCACGCUGGCCAACAAGCACCUGGCCAUCGGCCUCGUGCACAACGGCCAGUACCGCAUCCGGACCUUCGACGCCAACACCGGCAACCACGACAUCGCUUCCGGCUCCACCAUCCUGGCCCUGAAACAGGACGAUGAGGUCUGGCUCCAGAUCUUCUACUCGGAGCAAAACGGCCUCUUCUACGACCCUUACUGGACAGACAGCCUCUUCACCGGUUUCCUCAUCUACGCCGACCAAGGUGGCCCCAAUGAGGUCUAGGGGGACCCCACCCUUCUCCAGACCCGAGCCCACCUCUUUGAUUUUUCUCUUAUUAA